AUGGAGUGCAAUAGAGAUGAGGCCCUCCGGGCAAAGGCAAUUGCGGAGGGCAAGUUAGAGAAGAAGGAUUUUGCUGGCGCUAAAAAAUUUGCCAUGAAAGCCCAAACAUUGUAUCCAGGACUGGAGGGUAUUUCCCAAAUGUUGACAACGCUUGAUGUGUAUAUUGCUGCGGAGAAUAAAAUAAGUGGAGAAGUAGACUGGUACGGAGUGCUUGGUGUCAACCCCUCGGCUGAUGAUGAAACAAUAAGGAAACAAUACAGGAAAUUGGCUCUCACACUUCACCCAGAUAAAAAUAAAUCUGUUGGUGCUGAUGGUGCUUUUAAACUUCUUUCAGGGGCCUGGAGCUUGUUAUCUGAUAAGGCUAAGAGGUUGGCAUAUAACCAAAGGAGGGGUUCUAGAGGAUUCCAACAGAAAGUUCAAAUGCACGCUGGUGGUACAUCAGCAGCAUCCAGAGCAAAUGGAUAUCAUAAUACUGGAAGUAAGAUAACAUCAGUUACAAAGACCCAAAACAAUAGUGCACGGGUGCCACCUCCAUCAGUUCAUACACCAUCAUAUGAAAGAACUGAUACUUUCUGGACUAUUUGUCACCGAUGCAAGAUGCAUUAUGAGUAUCUUAAGAUAUAUCUCAAUCACAGUCUUCUGUGUCCUAAUUGUCAUGAGGCCUUUAUGGCUUCAGAGACUGCUCCACCAUUCAACUUUUCUAAAUCAUGCAAUCCUGCAUCUCGCCAACGGCAUCAGAAUUUGAAUAAUCAUGCACCUGAUAGAAAUCAUGUUGAUCAGGAAAGAAAGGCUGCAGCUGCUCAAAAAUCAGGACUUGGACAAGCAGGUCCUAAUUUGUAUGGAUAUAGAAGCUACCAGCAGGUUCCUCAUUCUGGAACAGCUGGUGCUGGCAAUACAGAUCCUUCUAUAGCGGCAAAAGCAGCAAAUAUUGUUCAGCAGGCACAGGAGAAAAUGAAGAGAGCAUGUCCUGAACCACCUGCUAGUUGGGAAGGAGAGGUAAAAAAGAGAAAAAUAGAUGACUACUUCGGCGCAAACACUACACAUAACUUGGCCGUGGGAAGUGGAGGUUUUGCAAGUGCAGGUGCAUCGGGAUCUAGGAUCUAUGGUUUCUCUGGCACUAAUAAUAAGCCCAACAGCACCAGAGACCUGAACCCACUAGAAAUGCGAAACAUGCUAAUGGAGAAGUCUCAAAAGGAGAUUUUGAAGAAGUUGAAGGAAUGGAGAUUGGAGACUGCAACAAAGGCUGCAGAUAAAGUGAAAGAGAAGGCAAAAGAGGGCAAGAGAAACAAACACAGAAGCACCAGUGGGCGUGAUCAGAAUGGCAAUGGUGGGUUGUUUGCUCCCAUGGAAGUAGGUCAGGGGAACAAGUGUCUUGCCAGCCAUUCUGCUGUUACUGCAGAUAAGGAGGACACUGGCGCAGCAUCUAUGAAUGUUCCAGAUCCCGAUUUUCAUGAUUUUGAUCAGGACAGAGCUGAAAGUUCUUUUGGAGAUAAUGAGGUUUGGGCUGGUUAUGAUGAUGAUGAUGGUAUGCCUCGUUUCUAUGCUCUGAUUAGUAAGGUGAUCUCAAGGAAUCCAUUUAAGGUCAAGAUCAGCUGGCUUAACUCAAAAACUAGUAGCGAAUUUGGAUCCCUAGAUUGGGUAGGUUCAGGAUUCUACAAAACAUGUGGUGAAUUUAGAAUCGGCAGAUAUGAAAUCUGCAAAUCUAUCAAUUCUUUCUCCCAGAAGGUUAAUUGGUCAAAAGGCCCACGUGGGACAAUUCAAAUAUUACCCACAAAGGGCGAUGUUUGGGCACUCUACAGAAAUUGGUCUACUGAUUGGAAUGGGCAGACCCCGGAUGAAGUUGUACGCAAAUACAACAUGGUGAUGGUACUUGAUGAAUACAAUGAGGAACAGGGUGUGUCCGUCGCUCCUCUUGUUAAGGUGGUUGGUUUCAAGACAGUAUUUUGUCCAAAUUUGGACCCUCAAAAGGUCAUGAGAAUACCAAAAGAAGAGAUGUUCCGAUUUUCUCACAGGGUCCCAAACUACUUGCUUAUGGGUGAUGAAGCUGAAAAUGCUCCAAAAGGUUGCUUAGAGCUGGACCCAGCAGCUACCCCAUUGGAACUUCUUCAGGUGAUUACGGCAGCUAAUGAGGUGCCAGUGAUGCCUCAUGGUGAAGAUUCUAAGAAAGAGGUAUUGCAGAGCUCUCCAGAUAGUAGGUUAGACAACAUUGCUAAUGGGGCCUCAGAGGCUCAGGAAGUAGAGAUGACAGAAAACAGUCUGGAGCCCGAGAAAGUGGGGAAAACGGUCUUUGAAGGGUAG